ACACGGUCCACGCAGGAGGCUGAGCCACUGCGUGGUUCUCUGUGUGUGCUGCCUGCCAACACGGUACCAAGGGGACAGUGUCCCCUUCCUCACCAUCUCCUUACGUGGCCAGUGCACAGAGCACUUGCUCCUCUCUCACUCCUGCCCUCGAGGCUCCCACAUUCUUCCUUUAUCAUAACAGGAUAGCUUUCUUUCUCUUCAAAAUGAAAGCCCCUUGCACUCUGUGGCCAGUCCUUCAUGCCUGUCAUCAGCACCGCCUUGGAUCUGGUGUCCAGUCCCUCUUGGUUUGGUCCUAUUCUUUAUCCCACGAGGUUGAGCAGUGUGGAGCAGGAGGAGAAGGUGAAUGGAGUCCUGCAGAGCCAGUUGGGUGAAGGCCACCUGACUUCUGCCAGUCACCGUGACCUGUGUGACACCGACCAGCCUCCCUGCACCAGUGCCAUCCUGUUUGAUGAGCAGGGAGUCUCCAGGGCACUGGAUGCAGCUACAACUCGAGGUGACAGCAACACACAGGAAGGACAAGAGCCCAUGGAGACCAGGCUCAGCGGGGAGGAGGAGGAGGCGAAUCCCACCCAGCAGACCUCACUGCAUGAGCAGCGUGUCACCCUCUCCAGUGGCCAGGACCUCUCUGAGUCCCGCUGCCCUUCCCGCUGUCCUGCUGCCCGAUGCAGGAGACGACUGCGCCUGCCCGGGUCCAGCUGAGAACUAUGAAGAGGAGGAAGACGAAGAAGAUCUAGAAUCACUGGCCUCCAGUGUGCCCAGUGAGCUGCAGGAGGACGCAGGGACCACAGGGCUGUCACAGGCACUGACGGAGCAGGGUUUCCCUCCUGGUGGUGCUGACCUGUCUGGCUGCCGAGAGCUGAUCAGAAGUGCCGCCUCCCUGUCUGCCGAGCCUGAGGCCGAGUCUGUUCUGGAUGGAGCGGUUCUUGGAUUCCCAGGAGCCCAGCCAAGACUCCCCGCACUGGCCCAGACGGUCUCUCCCCUGCUCGCUGGCCCGAGUGCCCUGAAACCGAGGAUGAGCGAGAGAAAGUUGCUGUUCAGCAAGUGGAGAGUCAUGUGCAGUUUCUCAGGCCUGCAGCUGCGGGUGCAGAGGUCGGAGGCUGACAGGUCCAAGGGGCACCAGCAGGCUCGCUGUCUGACGAGGACCCCUUUCCUGAUUCGUCCAUGGCCCUUUCUCUUUGUGUCCCCACGUGCUAGAAGGCAGCUCUCUGGGGUCUUCUAUGUGGGCCCUCAUCCCAUUCAAGAGGGCUCUGCCCUUAGGAACGAAUCAUUGCCUAAAGGUCCCAUCUUCUAUUGA